UACCGCCUAAAUUAUGGUUUCUUGGAAUAUACCUGAUGGUUUUGGAAAAUUUGUACACUCGUGUCACCAGUCAAUAUACUCCAAAAAACAUGACGGUGCAAGUGGGAUUCAUUCUAGACACCACUGUCCCUAGUGAUAUCGAUGCAUCUAUUAAGAUUGCUCUAAAGAUUUCCAACACCAGCUGCAGCUGUUGUCAGGUGGGAGACGUUAUUACCCUAACCAACAACAGUAAAAAGAUUUACCUAUCUGACACCAUCAUCCGGACCAACAUCAGUAACAACUAUGAAGUGAGUCGAGCGGUAUGUAACCAAUUAAGAGAGUCCUUGGCUAUUGUAUCCAUGGCGACGAAGGACUCGAUGGAGGUUGUGAACAGUUUCGGACGUACCCUUGAGUUACCAUUUAUUGUGUCUACUGGACCACGUAUACAUCACCCCGGAAACCAUUACAGUGUGUUUAUGACUCCAUCGUAUAUUCCAGCGGUGGUGGAUUAUAUACUAUACAACAACUGGCAGAAGGUCUACUAUAUGUAUGACAGUGACGAAGGACUUUGGAGGAUGGAUGAGAUGGCCAUGCUACAAUGGAAUCAUUAUGGAAAAUUUCAGGUGUCCUAUCACAGAAUCUCAACUAACGACUAUAAUGUAUAUUCUGAGCUAUACCACAUGGACAGAUUGGACCCUACGAUUAGUCAGAAAGUAUUUAUUCUGGACUUAGGAUCAAAAGCUGCAAACACACGACUGAUGAGAAUGAUGAUUGAUUCUGGGAUGAACAGAAAUGGAUACCAUAUCAUAAUUGGUGGCUUUAACAUAGAAGAGUACGGGGAUUUUCUGAGAGAACGGUUUCUGCAUGGCGGUGUUAAUAUCACCGGGUUCAAGUUUUUAGCGAAGACCUCUGUUCAUGAAGUGGCCUUUACCAAAGAACUUAGAGAAACGAAUAAAAAUUAUUCUAUAUCGGUGGAGGCAGCCUUAUUUAUAGACGGUGUGGCACUGCUGUCGUCAGCCCUUCAUAGUAUCGGGGGCUGUCUGCCGACCAGGCGUGGAACCAUCAGAAGAUGUAGAUAUUGUAAUACAGCACUGUCAGGAGACCCCUGUACCGACACAAAGGGCCAUCAGCUUCUACAGCAACUAAAAAGGACAAAAUUGGAAGGACUAUCUGGCCACAUUCGUUUUAAUAAAGAAGGUUAUAGAACAAAUUAUGGCCUCCGGGUUUUCAGUUUUGGUUUUAGAUCAAGUUUAAAAGAGAUUGGUAAAUGGACAAAUGAAACAGGAAUUCAUCUUAAUAAUAAUCAUGCACGUCAUCGCGGGAGUCCGGACGAGCGUCCGUUGGUUAUUGUAACGGUCAUAGGAAAACCAUUUUUCUACCUAACUCCGAAUGGUACGACGGAGGGAUACAUUGUUGAUCUUAUAAAACUUUUGAACGAGUCCAAUGUAUUUAGGAGACCGUUUGAAAUACAGACACAGACAAACAAAUCGUUCAGCAAUCUAAUUAGAAAGCUUGUUGAUGAUGAGGCGGAUCUAGCAUUUGCUCCAAUAACGAUUACAAAGGAUAGACAGAAGGUGGUUGAUUUUACCAAACCUUUCAUGCGAACAGGCUUGAGUCUCAUGAUCUAUAAACCAGAAAAAAGAAAACCUGGAAUGUUUUCAUUUAAAGAACCUCUUCACAAAAAUGUCUGGCUAUGCAUCGCUAUUGGUUUUCUCACGACCAGUGUGAUUCUUUUCUUGAUUGGACGAUUUAGUCCAUUUGAAUGGUCACAAAAUUCUGAGGAGGGUCCGUCCAGCGAUUUCAACCUAGCCAAUUCUCUUUGGAGUUCUCUUGGAGCCUUAAUGCAACAGGGAUCCGAUAUAUCACCAAGGUCUUUUUCUGGACGGUGUGCGGAGAGUGCUUGGUGGUUUUUCACUCUGAUUUUAGUGGCCUCCUACACAGCCAAUCUGGCCGCCUUUCUUACCGUAGAGAGCAUGGAUUUUAAAAUAAGAAGCGUUGAUGAUCUCGUGAAACAAACAAAGGUGAAAUAUGGAACCGUUGCUGGAGGCUCCUCUCAGGAAUUUUUCCAGUAUUCAAAAGUGUUAACAUAUCAAAAUAUGUACACUGUAAUGUCCCGUUAUCUUAUGGGGGAUAAUGAGGAAGGAUGGAGAAAGGUAAUCGAGGAAAAGGGAAAGUAUGCCUUCAUUUUAGAAGGAGUAUUUAAUGAUUAUCUCAGUCAGCAAAAACCGUGUAAAACAAUGCCGACCGGGGGACUCAUCAAUAGCCUCAACUACGGGAUCGCCUUCAACAAAAAACACAGGAAAGGAUUGGGAAGGAGGUUGAAUUUGGAGGUUCUGAGGCUGGGAGAGCUGGGUCAGCUUCUGAAACUGGAGACAAGGUGGUGGGUCGAGAAAGGCCGAUGUGGAGCGGGAACCGGGGAUGGCGGGAAAAAGAGAUCGCUCACCCUCAGUAACGUGUCGGGGAUGUUCCACAUUCUGAUUGGUGGUUUAAUUAUAGCUAUGAUGACGACAGUCAUAGAGUAUCUCAUUCACAAUCGAAUCAGGAAGCAAUGCUACAAAGUAAAGGCAAAAACAUUACUGGAGGAACUUGGAAAGAAAAUAAAUGGUAAGAAAGAAACACAUGCUGUCGACAACAUUUACUCCGGAGAAGACACGCCGUUGCGUUUAAAUCAGCAGUCGGGACCACAAGAAAAUAAAGGCUAUCAGACGACAUCACCGGGCAAGCUCAUUAUUGUGGAUACAUACGAAAACAGCGAGCAAGCUCUUAUGACGGGUACCGCCAUUUGAAACCCCGUCAUUCAGUUGGAGGUGUUGGUUGUAACGUUCUUCUCUCCAAGGGUGGAUGGCGGCCUUGAAUGGCGCAUGCAAGAGAACUAAAAUCCUUCUAUGCAUGAAUAUACAGCACCAACUUUGUGUCUAAGUGAUUUAAAAGGGAAUUUGACACUUAUUGCCGUAUUGCAGCUUCUUCUUAGCAUUCCUCUACUGUUUUUUUUUCCUUCACAUUUUUGUUACAUGAUGUACAUGUUUAUUUCCCAAACGAAUGUAUGCUACUCAUUACCGUUUUUAUAAAAUUUGACGGAAUAAAAUAAUUAACCAUAUAUCCCUAGUAUGU